AUGCCUAUUAAUCCAAAACCAUUUUUGCAAGGGUUAGCAGGACAAACAGUGAUUGUCAAGCUUAAAUGGGGGCAAGAAUACAUAGGGUUCUUGCAAAGCACUGAUUCCUAUAUGAAUAUCCAGUUAGCCAAUACAGAAGAGUUUGUAGAUGGAAAAAAUACAGGUCAAUUAGGUGAAGUUUUGAUUCGAUGCAAUAAUGUUCUUUGGAUCUCAGGAAAUACAGAUUGUAUUAAGGCAAGCAAGAAUUAA